GUCUCCACCCAUGCCCACUAUCUCCAGCAACAGACAAAAAGUCGACAGUUGCAGGCGACACCCUGUUGUCUGCUGUCUACACUUCAGUCAAGGCACAUCCUCGAGGUCUGACCUGACACUAGGACAUCACAACUUCAGUCUAAGACUCAAGACUCAGGCGAGUGUCGCUGCGGGUCACGAUGUCGUCUCUAUGGUUACUUCUCGCUUUGCUGCUGCCCACCGUGGUUACACCCUUUCCACAGGAUUUCCUGCAAAAGCAGCUACAGAUGAUGCUACGAGAACAGCUUCCUGCAGAUUACCUGGAAAAUCGUCUGGAAAUGAAUAAUCGUGAACAGCUUCCCUCAGAUACCCUUGAGGAAUAUCCAGACAGAGAGAACCGUCAACUUCUUGCCUCGGAUGACGGUGGCCACAACAUCCUGCUGGCUGUGCUUCGUGAGGCAGAGAUUGCCAGAAAACGAUGUACACAGCCUGGAGGAGGAAACAGAAUCUGCUGGGGCACACCUGAAAAGACUGGUGGAGACGACACCGGGUACUGACACCACAUGUAGCAGAUGACCUGAAAUAUUGAAACUGUGUAUCACAUCCGUGAACAUUACUAAUGUAGUUAACUAUGUUAGAUAUCAUACAGCCAUCCAUCACACUUCACAACGAUGUUACGUAUCACACUCUUAUCACACUUCACAACGAUGUCACAUAUCACAUAGCCAUAGCACUUCACAACGAUGUUAUAUAUCACACAGACAUCGCGCUUCACAAGUCUAACGGAACUCUGUGAACAGGAAUGACUGUGUGAAAUAAACGCAUUUUGCAGAUA